GAGGUGGCAAAACAUCGAUGUCGAAAAAUCGAUAGCAAUGAAUUUCGAAAGGGGGCACGCCAAAAUGUCUGGUGGGUGUCUUCGAUAACCUAGCAGAGACACACAUCUAUUUUCGGACAAUUUUUGUUUUGUACGCAACAUGUCAUCCGCAUUGGCCAAAAUCGAGGACUUUCCUCCCGAUCCCGUGGAGUUCUUUAAGGAGAUACUCCAGGCAUCUGCCAAGGGACAUCCUGAAGGAUUUAUUCAGGAAAUGAACUUGGCCACCGUGGACGACGAAUACGGAGUCCUCAACCGCACAGUUCUUUAUCGUGGACUCACCCAGGAUAACUUUGUGUUCUACAUAACGCAUCGGUAUACCCGCAAUUUUAAGAACCUUCAAGCCAAUCCCAAGGCCUGCAUUACCUUCUAUAUGCCGGAUGUCAAGGAUAAUGCCGGAAAUCAGAGUUCCUGGCAGGUGCGACUGAUUGGGGCCACUGCCGUAGAGCUUCCCGAGAGCGAAAUGGAUCCCUUGUGGGCCAAGGAGAAUUUGGCGGCCCAAAUCAGGGGUCACAUCUGUCCCUGCGGAGAACCCAUCAACUAUGAUGAGCUGAAGGCAAAGCAUGAUCAGUUCCUCGAAGAUCACAAAGGAAAACCCAUCGAGAGGCCCGCCAGCUAUACCGCUUGGAAAUUCCAACCCCAGAGAUGGGACUUCCUAAAGGUCGGAAUCGACCAGAUUGCCGAUCGGGUGCAGUAUCGCCUCCAGAGCAGUGGAAAAUGGGAAUCCAUGCAUGUCUCCACCUGAAAAGGGGAACUUCCCACCCCAAAAUACAUCCCAACUUUAGGCGAUUUCAUUUUAUUCAACAAUAUCUUUCUACAAACAGCUAAACGUAAAUACUAACAACUAAAUUUGCUUCCUUUUCGAUAUGUUUAACAUACAAUUACAACAUAGUUAAUAAAUAUUACACAAAACAGCAAAAAAA